UGAGGCUCCGGCGUCAAGAAAACAUUGGCUCGUGUGAAAAUGGAAAAGACCCCAACUCGAAAGGAAAACUAAUUUGAUAGGGUUAUUUCGUCUCUUCACAAUGAGCACGAUAUCAAUUUCGUCUACAAUGACUAGGCAGCUGCUUGCAAUUUUAACAAGAAAUUGUUCGACGUCGGCAAAACCCCUUGCCAAACCUAGCAAAUAUGUGCCUAAAAAAGCAAAAUAUGUUAAUGAGAUCAACGAUUACCUCCAAUCGUCACCCUUUAGGAAAAGUGCUGACAGCAUUCCAUCCACCUUUAAAAACUGUAACAGUUGUCCUCCCGAAACGUUGAUCUGCAUCGAUUCAACGACAGCUGAUACAAUUGCGGAUAGAAUUGCUUCCAGUGCAUCCUACAUUACGUCUUCAAUAGAUCGCACACCAGUCUUGGAAAUGUCUCCUGGUCCAGGUCUUGUUUCAAGCGAGCUGCUGAAAAGAGGAGUUAACAAUUUGAGACUCUACGAGCCAAACCCAGUCCUGAACUCAAAUCUCCAAGACCUGGCAAAGAAGAACAAACAGCGGGUCAAUGUUUUCCCUCACGACUUAAAUAGUUUGGCAAAGCUUAUUUAUGUUGACCAAGUCAGCAAAAGUGACAACAUGGGCACCAUAAUGCACGGCAUAAAGCGACUCGAGCCACCAGAAAUAACUAGCGUUGUUGUCGGAGCUUGUCCGAAUCCCAUAUUCGUACACCUUCUGCCGUAUAUGACGGCAAACAACCAAGGCUUUCCUCAGUAUGGGUUGACUGAGUACUUUUUAAUCGUCCACCCUUACAAUUAUCUGAGAAUGAACGCAGAACCUGGAAAGCAUUACUACAGAUAUAGGUACCAUUCUGUUGCCACGCAAAUAUUCUACAACAUUGAACUGCUGGAGAAGUUGGAUCGAAAAUCAUUUUUGCCCUGGGAGAAACCCUAUCAGCCGAAGCAACGAGAUAAACAAAUCAAGCUCUUUACCCAUGACGAGGAAUAUUUAUAUCUACUCCGCCUAACACCAAAAAAGCCUUCCUAUGAACUGAGCCCACUGGAGAAGCAGCAGCUUUGGUACUUCUUGCGCUACAAUUUGUUUGCGAGGAAGGCAGAGGUGUUCACGCUAUUCAAAAAGUGGAUCCCGGAAUGCGUUUCUAGACUGGAGCAAUUUGGAAUUGACGAGAAAACCUGCAUUGGCGAGCUGAGCCCUGAUAUGUUGCUGAGGCUGUUCCUGGCAUUCAUAAAAUGGCCUGAAUUUCCCUACUGCUCAUUCAACUCUUCAAUGGAAAUGUCUUUCCUCAAGAGCAACUUCAAUUUCAUCGAAUCUGCAAGUGAAAAGGAGCAGCUCGUACCUGUUGAAGGCAAAUCGAUGCAGAAAAAGAUAUAUCUCAACGGUUGCCACUAUAGUUGACUAAGGUAAGGGCACUUUCCGUCUCUCUAAUUUUUUGAAGACGCGGAACUCGAUUAAACUACGCCUUUAAAUGGUACACAAUACUACAAGUCUCUUCCUUGGCUAGAUCAAGAGCUAUCAAAAGGUCGGCGUGCCAUAAAUUGUCAAUACUAUUAAAAUGUAAUAUGUUCGACUUUCUAAUUGCAUUUGCAAUCACUAUUACUGCAAAGUUCAAGAAUCAAACACUGACGCGCUAUAUUAUUGUUCCGUAAACGCCGUAAAUGCACUAUAUUGUUUUGAUUGAUAUCCCGAUGAUAUUUCCUGAAUCGAUAUGACGGAUAAUUCCAUAUAAUUCUCUUCUGGUUUUGUUAUUAAAAUGAAAAAGCGAGAAAGUAAUAAGAUUUGUCUUGUGCUGUUAAAUUUUGUACGUUCAAUAAUUCUCAAUCUCACUAAUUAUUUUGUCUGUUAAUUUCUGGAAGUAAAAUAUUUAGCAAAUUCUGGCAGUUUGAUGAUGUACCUACGAUUCAUACUUUUACAGAUAAACCAUAAACUCUAACUAUACCUGAAUAUAUGUUUUUAAAUUAAUAGAUUGAAUUGAAGAAAAUUUUGGUUUAAUUUUUUUUUAAUCCCAGUUGCGAACCUCUAAAAAAUGAUUUGAGAAGAUCUUUCAAACAUAAAUAAUCUCCCUAUAUUUGAACUAAUCUAAAUAAAAACUCACCUCCAUUGCCGUUUCGAACCAUUCCAAUCGUACCACCGGUGUACAAAACGAGAACCCUACUCUCGGUGCAGGGAUCAAAAGAAAAGCUGAAUGUGCGUCUGGAAAUCCGAGAAAUGCAAGCGCUGGGAAUCUCAGAGGCCUUUCCGGCCGCCUGCCUAGCACGAGUAGCCAUCCCUUCAGUGGCACGGGUAAACCAGAAA